AGCGCUACGUGAUCACUCUGUUGCUCCUGGCCUCGACGGGCAUUCAUCGUUAUGCAGUUAUUGUCUCCAACACAGCUGUGCGACACCUUCGCUGUGAAUUUUCCUCUGAAUGUUAUCCUUUGAAGACGCUUGCAGUCUUGACAGUGAGCGUUAUGUCGCGUACGCGUCUACGUGACAAUUCGUGACCUUGGUGAGAGCUUCUGUAUUUUACAUUACUUGGCCAGUCUGUUGAGCUGGUACAAACAUGAAUAUCAUGCGACUUAACCGUAUCUCACGUCAGGUGCGCGCGAAGCCUUAGAAGCUAUAUAAUGUCGUCUAAACUCUAUUAGGCUUGAUUGAAACCUUCAUCAUAUCUGCUUCAGUUCUAGAGACGAUGAGUAUGAACAAUCCCGAACUGGCUCGCGUCGCUUUGACGUAUCCAGCCAUCGACAAUCAUGCGCAUCCUCUACUUCGAGAGCAAUACCGAAACUCGUUCGUAUUCGAGGGACUGAUAUCAGAGGCUUCUCCCGGUCCUGGCCUUACGCAAGACGCGACUAACACACUUGCAUGUUAUCGAGCAACACUUCAGCUUGGGAAGUUGUUUGGUACGAAUACAGAACAUUGGGAGGAUAUUAAACAGAUUCGACAAUCAGUGGACUGGUUGACAUUGUGUCGCAUAUGCAUGGAACCUACCAGGAUCCAGUGUUUGUUACUCGACGAUGGGCUGGGAGGUGUCGCAGAGUAUGCGGCGGGAUACAAAUGGCAUGACCAGUUUACUCAAAGCCCGACAAAGCGAAUCGUCAGAGUAGAGGUAUUAGCUGAGGGUAUUCUAAAGGGAGUCAUGGACGAUAUCAUCAGAACCGGUUCUGCUGUCGAUGGGCCUGCACUUGUUGGAAGAUUCAAGCAGCACCUACAUGGGGCUUUAUCGCAAGCCGCAACAGAUCCAGAGGUGGUAGGCUUCAAGUCGAUUGCAUGCUAUCGUGCUGGGUUAGAUAUCGACCCCAACCCCGACUUGGGUGCUUUGGAUAGGAAUCUCGUCAUGACCUUAUUGAGAUACGAGGUUACGAAGACUCUACGAUUAUCGGACAAGGCGAUCAAUGAUGUUGUGGUGAACAUGACUCUACGGGUCGCGGGGGAAUGUGGGAAACCUGUGCAGUUUCAUACGGGACUGGGGGAUAACGAUAUCACACUGUCCUUAGCUUCCCCGGCUCUCAUGCAACCCAUUAUCAAGGCGUACCCCAACACGAAGAUUCUCUUGCUGCACUCAGGUUACCCCUACACACGGGAAGCAGGGUAUCUGACGGCAGUCUAUCCCAAUGUCUAUCUUGACUUUGGCGAGAUUUUCCCAUUUCUGAGCGCGGAUGGUCAGAGAUCGACCGUCAAACAGGUGCUAGAGCUCUGCCCUACAAAUAAGAUACUAUGGUCAACCGAUGGACACUGGUGGCCAGAGUCGUACUAUCUUGGAUCGAUUCAAGCUCGACAAACCUUGUUCGAAGUUCUUUCCGAAUCGAUCAACCGACGUGAAAUGAGUGAAUCGCAUGCUAUCGCAAUCAUCAAACGUGCUCUCUUCGAGAACGCUAACAAACUGUAUAACCUAAAUCUACAACCAUACUACUCUGGUUGAUGGACUAUCGACUCAACGUGGUUUUCACUUUUUCUGGGACGGACAGAAUACGACGGUAUUAAAUGUUCUGCUGAACGCUCGAUUGCGAAGAAGUUAAAUGCAUAUCAUAUGGUAUACUCUGCUUGAUUUCGUUCUGUUGUACACAAUUGAUGACCUUCAAAUGCAACCUU